GAAUAAUUGAUAAUAUAGUUAAAAGAUCCACGGCCUCCAGUGUACACUCUAAAUGAUCUCCAAUUAUAAGUGACUGGUGUUGGGAUCCCGUGUCAUCAUUUGGUUGCCGGCGAGCCACUGUUGUUGAACCGCACACCUCCACAACUACAAACGUUCAUUUAACAAUUAUCCGCCUCGCCGAAAAGACGUUCAUCCGAGAUACUAUCAAACCGGCAUUAUAAUUUUAACCAUUUAAAAAACUUGUCCUCGUGUUUUAUCCCAACAUGGUUGGAUCACACGCAGCUGAAUGCUCUUCUACACCAUUUUCUAUUCUUGAUAUUUUAGGUAAAAAUCCAGCUGAGACUGUUUGUAAUAGGACUAGAACAGAGACGAGAGUGUCUUCUGAGGUCGAGCCAGUACAAGGUGGACUCAACCAAUUCACGUAUGCUCCAAUUUUGAAAACGUCUACCCACGUGAACACAGCCUUAGAUACGGAUAGCGUGCACAGUUUACAGCAUAGUUUCAUUUCAAAUAGUAAGGACUCUGAAUUAUCCGAAGAAAUUCAAGUUGACGAUUUGGGUCCCAGAACAGGGUCCGAUACAACAUCAGCGUUCCAUUCUGAUUCUCCAAUUGAUGAUCGAGUUUCUGGUAUUAUCGACGAGGACGACGAGAAUUCCAUUAACAAAGCAAUCGAGUCGGAAAGUGAAGGGAGUGAUGACUCAGGUAGUCCAAGAUCCGCAUCCCUCAAGCCGAGAAAGAAGCGUUCUAGGGCAGCAUUCUCGCAUGCUCAAGUGUUCGAAUUAGAGCGGCGUUUUAGCCACCAGCGAUACCUUUCGGGACCCGAGAGAGCUGAUCUAGCGGCCGCCUUGAAACUCACCGAGCAACAAGUCAAAAUAUGGUUCCAAAACAGACGCUACAAAACCAAGAGAAAGCAAAUCGCUGCAGAGCUCAUGACUCCACCAGCCAAAAAGGUAGCAGUCAAAGUACUUUAUAGUGACGGACCAAGACUAUUUUACUCAGACUUACCAAGCGUACCUGCAUGCACCCCGUGCGGACUCGCCCCUUCACCGUACUGUACAGGCGUGCCCUACACAUUAUGGGGUCAAGUACCACAUUUUGGAAGUAUUCUACCAGUAUUCGGUAAAUGAGAACCAAAUAUGAACUUUCGCCAUACGAUCUGUAAAUAAUAUUUUUAAUUAUUGUAUAUUUGUAAAUAGAAAAAAAGAACGUUAAAUAAAUAUAUCAAAAUACAUGUUACUGUAGGUUAUCGUAUUGUAGAUGAGUGUGAGGGUGUGUCUUAGAGUGUCAUGAUUGUGUGCUAUGAUAGGUCUUACAGGCCUACAAAGAGAGCUCUAAUAAGCCUAUAUAAAUUUAUAUAUAGGCCUAUAUAUUUAUAUAUAGGAAUAUAUAUAAAAUAUACCGGUAACCUAUGUAGACCUGUAUUAUAUAGAGUCAUAUAUAUUGUACACUGCAUAGGCCUUUAUAAUAUAGGAUCGGAUUAUUAAAGCACAUAUACUGUAGGCCUAUUUAUAUGCCUUAAAAUAGCUUUAGUCCAAUGUUAAAUGUGUUAUAGGCCUACAUAUUUUCUUGAUUUAUAUUUGUAAGACAAGUUAUAUUCGAAGUGAUGUUCUAAAUUGUUAAUAGUGUCACAAUAAUCGUCACUUAAAAAUUAUAAAAUCGUAUUCGUACCUGAUCAUAGGCCUAGUGAUCCAUUACAAAUGCUUCACAGCUGAGGUAAAUAGUCUGUAUUUAUUUUUUUUGAUAGAUUAAUAUAAUAGAACAAUAAAUUUAUUAAAAAUACGCAAUUCUUAUAUUCAUUACCGUAUUGGCGGGUGAAUUGGAUACCAAAAAUUGAAUUUUUUUUUCGCUUUUUCAAUCAAACGACAGAAUUUUGUUAGUUUCGUUGAGAUUAAUAAAUUAUGAGAAAGCAUUUAGUCAGGAAUAUUGUGUUACCAGUACUUGAUUUCGACCAAAUUAUAACGACUAGCUUGUAAGCACCAGUUGUUUUUAGGCCUAUAUGAUGCAAAUUAGGCUUAGCAGAUGAUUGUAUAAUUUCCUAUUUUGAAGAUGUAUUGGUCAAAUGCUGUAAAUCUGUUUCUAUAAAUUGCCAGUGGGAUGUUUAAAAUAGAAGAUGAAUAUUUCAUGUAUUUAAUAUUUGAUAUUUUCCCAUAGUAUUAUGGGUAAUGCGUUAUUAUAAGUAAUACAAUGGUUGAUAUUGAGAAAGCAAAAAUAUCAGAAAAAAAUAGAAAAGUUGAAAAGAAUUAUUUUUCCAAUCAUGGAGAUGUUAGGCCUGUCUGAUGUUUUACCGCCUUGAUGACAUAACCCACGUAAUGAGCAGGUGUGAAGCGAAGAGUGGUGAAUCUUCCUUAAAAAAGUUUUUAAACCUAAAGGCUAGUUUUCAUAGUAGAAAGGCUGAUGAUAAUUUAGCCUGUAGGCUGCGUGGAUUUAAUUGAGAGGACAAGGCACAGCACGAUAUACGUUGCAUUGUGACGAAUCUAACAAAAAAGCUGUUAAAGUUUACACCUAGGUGAAAUCUUAACUAAAUCGGGGACGUGUUGUGUAUUGUAUUCGGACGUUGUCUCGUGCAGCCUAAUGGUUAUUUUCUCAUUAGUCUUACAAGAGUUACUAAUUAGAAGCAAUCUUCCCAGUCUUCGCCCAAUUGAACACACUUAAGCAUCAGACCACAUUUGUAGGCUAACAUAUCCUACUUAAGCAGUGAUCAAGUGAUAAAGUUUCGCCUGAGUGGAGACAUUAGAUGUGUUUAAGUAUUUCGUAGGCCUACAAUUAAUUAGUAAGCCUAUAAAUGAAAACAUCCAUUUAGUAAUGAUGCAAUCAAGAAAUAAAAGUUUAAAUUAACAUCA